GUGUUCACAAAUGGUUAACCCGGGGGUCGGGACUCUGGAGACUCUGUUUCUCCCCUCGGUAUGACAUCACUGCUGGACAAAGCAGCAGCAACAAGGAGUGGUUUCUGUUGAAGAGAAGCGUCCCAGAUCAAUGGAGCAGACACUGAAACACACCAUAUACAGCUUCAUCCGCCGUCAAGACAGCAGAUCUAGUAGUAGUGCUUUGUCUUAAAGAGGAAUGAACUACUCUACUGGGAAAUAAAACACGUCGGCUGUGCUGGACGGAGAGAAGAGAAGAGAAGAGAAGAGUCAGCGCCGCUGGAUGGUUUUCUAAGUUUCGCCCUCCUAUAACAUGCGCUGUGUCUGAAGAUGUUGACCUGCAGUUCGAAUCCAACCUGGAAGACAAUGCUGUCCCUCCUGCUGCCCGCAAUUCUGGCCGUCCAAGCUAUGGCCGUGUUGGAAGUACACGUCCCGGAGCUGCCAGUGGUGGCGCUGUACGGCAGGGAUGCCGCGCUCAACUGCUCCUUCAGCCACGCCAACCCCUUCAACUUGACUGAUCUGAGCGUCUUCUGGCAGCUGACAGACACCAAACGCAGUGUGCACGCGUACUUCGAGGGACGCGACCAGCUGGUGGACCAGGCCGAGAGAUUCGCCAACCGUACCAGCCUGUUCCCCGCCCAGCUGGGCCUGGGCAACGCAUCUCUCGUGCUGAGCAGGGUGGUGGUGGCUGAUGAAGGCAGCUAUACCUGCUUCGUCAGGGUGCAGGACUACGGCAGCGCUGCUCUGAUGCUGCAGGUGGCCGCCCCCUACUCCAAGCCUGUCGUGACUUUGGCGCCUGAAUCCAACCUGCGACCGGGCGACGAGGUGGCCCUGACUUGUGUGGCCUACGGCGGUUAUCCCGAAGCUGGCGUGAUAUGGCAGGAUGGGGGUGGGCGCAACCUGACGGACAACAUCACCACUUCACUGGUGGCCAACGAGGAAGGGCUGUUCGCUAUGACCAGCGUGCUGACGGUUGUGCUGGAGCCAAACAGCACCUACAGCUGCGGACUGAUCAAUCCACUACUGGGCGAGGAGGGCUACGCCUUCGUCACGAUCACAGGUCAGAACAUCGCGUUCCCCCCGGUGGCUCUGUGGGUAACUGUUGGCCUGGCCGUGUGUCUGCUGGUGCUGCUCAUUGCCCUGGCUGCUGUCUGCCGCAGGAAGAUCAAGGAGAGCUGCGAGGAGGCCAGGAGAGAAGCUGAAGAGGCCAAGGAACUGGAAGAAGAGGAGUCAAAGACAGCCAUGACACUACUGUCAAGCUAAGGCCAAGAGAAUAAAGGAGUCGGGGCCAAACGGCGGGUAGGAGAUGAGUCUGGCGGGUAAUCCCAUCCAUCCAUCCAUCAACCUGGAGACUAUUCCCAGCGUCCCCUACAGAACGUCAAAGCCUCGCUGCGCAGAAGAUGAGUCCAUCAUCUUCUUUCUAAGACUUUCCCCCGAGUUUCCAUCAAAACACAUAAACACAUGAUGUGCCAUUAUUUUUCUAUUGCCCCCGCUCCCUUUUUCUGUCAAUGGACGGUCGUGACGGCAGUGAGCGAACACAGCUGAGUGGGUCGUUCUGUGCGGUAUGCAAAAGAGAGGCUCUCUUUGAAAACUACAGGAUGUGACAGGAUCCCUUCUCUGUCGCUGACAUCACUCUGUAUGGGUUGUGAUGGGGCAUGUGCCAGAGAUCUCCUGUCUAAUAGGAAGUGAGACACUUAAAGAGAUGACCCUGCCUCAGUUGCCAUCGCUGUCUCUCUGCCGGAAAGAGAGCUCGGCUCUCGCAUUACUCCUGCACUUGCUAAUUAGCGUCUGUCGCUGGAGUAACUUGUACCUGUCAGUGUGUGCCGCUCUCCUAUAUUCAGUAACUUGAGGGAAUUGAAAUUGAAUGCCAGCUAAGCUCCAACAAACUGCAAAUGGUGCAUGGGAUACACCCUGAUUUCCUCACUGACCUGACAGCCUUAUAUGUAAGAAAUUGUUUUUAAUGAACACAGAGUAUCUCAGCUAGUUUCUACUGCUGGUGUGGGAUGUUUCAUCUUUUACAGACUAGGGGGGCCAUGCUGGUUGUUUAUUGCAUUUUUUUUAGGUACUCGAGCAAGUCCCCGUGCCAUAUGUCCAUAUGUAUGAAUGCCAAAGCCAUUUGUGUCAGAUAACCCAGUGCCUAUUUACAUUAAAGGGACAUGGUGAAA